ACGGCCUUCUUCAGGUCUCACUCCUUUUAUCUCCUCCCUUCCUUCAGAUUUCUCCCGGCUCUAACCAUGGCUCCAAAGCGUAAGAUUCCUUCGACUGAACUUGAAAUCUCCGGUUCCAUCUCAACUAGGCCGAGGAGAAGUCCCAAGGCGCCGGUGGAAGUUGCUGUUGAGCCGAUACGUUCCCCCAAAUUUAAGUUCAAGAUAGAGUUGGUGGUGGAGAAAUCUGAGAAGGAUCCAUCCUGGGUUCUAGAUGAGCCGAUUGAUGACUCAGAGGCUAGGAUUAAAUGGCCCGAGAGGUAUCAAGUAGUUCAGGAAGUUGUAGUUUUGCCAAAGAAGAAAAAAAAGAAGUAUGUUGAGGAAGAGGAGAUAUUCCGUGCGCGGCGCCAUUUUCGACGAGCUAUCCUUGAUGAAUCCAUCACAUACAAUCUCAACGAUGAUGCUCAUGUUAAGUCUGACGAGGAGAAGCCUUUCAUUUGCAAGAUCGUCGAAAUCUUCGAGGGAACUGAUGGCGAAAUGUACUUUACCGCACAGUGGUUUUACCGCGCCUAUGAUACCGUAAUCCAAAGACACGAUGGUCUGAUCGAUGACAAACGUGUUUUUCUCUCGGACAUGAAAGAUGUAAACUCAAUGGACGUGCUUCUCAACAAAUUGAAAAUUCUGAUGAUCCCAUUAACUGAAAAUUAUGAAGUGACUGAAAGCUGCGAUUACUAUUGCAACAUGACCUAUCGCCUGCCUUUCUCAACACUUGAAGCUUUGCAACCAAGUCAGUGUGUUACGCCUGAUCAAAGAACGGAUGCUACAAUGCUAGACUUGUAUUGUGGGUGUGGAGCCAUGUCAACUGGCUUAUGCAUGGGAGCUCAGCUUUCAGGGCUGAAACUUGUCACGAAAUGGGCUGUUGACAAUGACAAGUAUGCAGUUCAAAGCAUAAAGUAUAAUCACCCGAAAACAGAAGUGAGAAACGAGUCCGCAGAAGAUUUUCUGUUUCUGCUUAAGGAGUGGGAGAAACUAUGCAUUCAUUUCUCUUUGAUUGAAUGUGUGGAUUCAGAAAAAUACGAAAACCUUUAUGGGAUGUCGUCUGUUGUGGAAGAGGUUGAAGAUGGAAGCGAUGAGAGUGAUGUCAAAGAUGGUGGAGAGGUUUUUGAAGUUGAAAAGGUUGUUGGUAUUAAGAAAAAGGAAGGAGGUGGACUCCAUCUGAAGGUCCGGUGGGAGAACUAUGGGCCUUCCCAUGACACAUGGGAACCUAUUGAAAAUCUUAGUUGCCGUAAGAAAAUUAAAGAGUUCGUUGUGCAUGGAUAUAAAACAAGCAUCCUUCCAUUACCAGGAGGUGUUGAUGUUGUUUGUGGAGGUCCUCCAUGCCAAGGGAUUAGCGGUCUCAACAGAUUCAGGAACGAGAAAGCGCCGCUGGAAGAUAAAAAGAACGCGCAGCUUCUUGUAUACAUGAAAAUUGUGGACUUUCUGAAGCCCAAGUAUGUUCUGAUGGAGAAUGUGGUAGAUAUGCUUAGGUUUGUUGAUGGCUUUGUUGCGCGCUAUGCUGUGGGACAGCUUGUCCAAAUGAAUUAUCAGACGAGAAUGGGAAUGAUGGCGGCAGGGUCGUAUGGCCUUGCUCAGUUCCGCAGGCGCUUCUUCUUAUGGGGUGCAAGGUCUAGCGAGAGGCUUCCUCAGUUCCCACUUCCAACUCAUGAUGUUGUCAAUAGAGGAAAUGUUCCUAAGAACUUUUAUGAAAACGUAGUGGCCUAUGAACAAAAAGACAAUGUGAAGUUGGCAAAGAAGAUCCUACUCUCGGAUGUCCUUACCGACCUUCCAGUUGUUGCAAACAAUGAGAGGAGGGCGGAGAUGCCAUAUGACAAAGCUCCUAAGACGCCAUUUCAACAGUUUAUCAGACUGACGAAAGAAGGAAUGUUAGCUUCACCUGAAGAUCCCAAGUCAAACUCCACAAACGAUGUGUUGUACGAUCACCAUCCUUUGAAUCUUAACAAAGAUGAUUAUCAACGUGUCUGUAUGAUCCCCAAGAAGAAGGGAGCGAAUUUCAGGGACUUACCUGGUGUAACUGUUAAUGGUUAUAACCAAGUUGAAUUGGAUCCUAAAAUCCCCAGGGUCUAUCUUAAAUCCAAUAACCCCUUGAUUCCAGAAUACGCCAUAACAUUUGUCAACGGAAGAUCAAAGAAACCCUUUGGACGGCUUUGGUGGGAUGAAACUGUCUCAACUGUUGUCGGAAGAGCCGAGCCACACAAUCAUGUCAUGAUCCACCCAAGCCAAGACCGUGUCUUGACUGUGCGAGAGAACGCAAGGCUUCAGGGCUUCCCUGAUUACUAUAGACUAUUUGGUCCUACCAAGCAAAAGUACAAACAAGUUGGGAAUGCGGUUGCAGUACCAGUUGCUAGUGCACUUGGAUUCGCAUUAGGACAAGCUUUUCAAGGCCUCACAACUGGUAGUGAUCCACUCUUCAUUCUGCCCGAAGAUUUUCCAAAACCAACCUUCUGAAUCGAAGGAACAUCAAUGAGAAGAGAUUCACCUUCUUUCUUUAGUUAUUGUUGUUCAUCUCAAUUUAUCUAAGACUCAUUUCAUUUGGAUAAAUACUUACUGUUGUUAAUGAGUUACGAUGUUUGUCAUUUGAUUUUA